AUGCCGACGUCCAACCAGGGCUGGCCUGAGGAUUUCGGCUUCCAGCUGGGUGGGACUGGACCCAGCUACAUCCUGUCCGUGGAGGAGGGCAGCAGCGCCCACCUGGCAGGGUUGCAGGCGGGGGAUCAGGUCCUGGAGAUCGAGGGCCACAAUGUGUCGACGCUGGGACCGCAGGCCGUCAUCGCCAUCGCCCAGACGCAGAAGAACAUCCCUCCCAGCAUCGGAGUGGUGUCCCGCAUUCAGCAGAUGGACAUCAUACCAGGGCCGGACGGUCGCUUUGGGUUUACCAUCGUGGGAGAUUGCCCUCUGCUGGUGGAGGACUGCUCUCCUUGUUCGCCAGCCGGACGCGCAGGUCUGAGGGCCGGAGAUUAUGUCAUGGAGGUGAACGGCAUCCCCGUAAGGCAGCACGAGAUGGCCGCAGCGCUGAUCAAGGCCUCCCAGGGCAGGACGCUCCGUCUGGGGGUGCUGUGCCUCGGCCCGAGACAGAAACGUAGCGUCAGCAUAGAGGAAAGUCAGAUGGGAGGAGAGGGGGCGAGGCUGGACCGCAAGCACAAGGCUCUGGAGUUCAACAGGAAGGUUGACCAGAUUUUAGGCGAUGAGCCCGAAGUGAAAGAGAGACUCUUCGCUGUGCUGAAGCAGUACGCAGCAGAGAAGAGAGUGGAGUGGUUGGCCUCUGUCCUGCCAGAGAUACUCACCAGUGAUGAGCAUCGACAGCUCAUCUCCAGCAUCAGAAUCUUCAUUCCCAAGAAGCACCGGCAGCGCUUCGACGAGUCCGUGUCCCAGAACGUGAUCAACCGGCUCUGCCGCAGCAAGAGCAUCAGCGAGCCGCAGGGCAGGAUCCGGCGCAGUCGGAGCGAGGAUCACUCGGACCGCCACCGCGGGUCCAAACGGGCCAGCUCAGUGCCAAGAGAUGGAGAACCCGGAGGGAGGGGGGAGACCGAGAGAGAAAGGGGCUUGAGGAAGUCCGUCUCUGGGUUACCUGCGCAUCCCCCCAUCGGACCCAAUCAGAGGAUCGUUCGUGUCUACAGGGGGAAGAAGAACUUCGGCUUCACCCUGCGAGGCCACGCUCCCGUCUGCAUCGACUCAGUUAUCCCAGAUAGUCCUGCUGAGGAAUGUGGACUGAAAACAGGAGAUCGGAUCCUUUUCCUCAAUGGCCUGGACAUGAGGAACUGUUCCCAUGAGAAGGUGGUGUCCAUGCUGCAGGGCAGCGGGGCGAUGCCCACUCUGGUGGUGGAGGAAGGUCCAUCUGACUUCUCUUCAGAAGCCGAUCCAGAGGAAUCCCCGAAUAUGCCCCCGACCACGUUACCACGCUCGAGGUCUCCGGCCCUCAGUUCUCUCCAGUGGGUGGCAGAGAUUCUUCCACCGAGCAUUAAAGUCCACGGGCGAACCUUCAGCCAGCAGCUGGAGCAUCUGCUGACCAUCCAGGAGAGAUACACUGUCUGCAAGGCCUUAGAGACUUUCUUCCAGCACAGGAACGUGGACACCCUGAUAGUGGACGUGUUUCCGGUGUUGGACACUCCGGCCAAGCAGCUCAUCUGGCAGUUCAUCUACCAGCUGCUGACCUACGACGAGCAGGAGCGCUGCCAGGGUAAACUGUCACGCUUCCUGGGUUUCAAGAGCAGCGCGGUGUUAGAGCCCGACGGAGGCCAGGAGCACCACCGGAGGAGCAGCUCCAUGCGCGUGACGGGGACGUCGUACCGCAGCAGCAUGCGAGAACGGAGCUCGGACGACUGCAUCAUCGGGACUCACCUGGGAAUGGGAAUUCAUGUCGAUGAAUCUGGGAGCCCGGAGGAGAGGCAGUCAGGAGAUGGAACCUCCUUCCCCGAGUCCCCUGACCUUAAUCAUAUGACAGGUGUGUACACGGAGCUGGAGAACGUGUACGCAGGGAAGAGUGUGUCUCCACUGCAGGGCGGCUCCUCGGCCGAGCCCGAGGUGUCGGGACAGACUGAGGGCUACAGCCGCCCUCUCUCCCCCCUCACACUCCCCCCUCUCACAGGUAACCGGAAGUCGGGCCUGUCGCUGUCCUGGAAGGAGCCACUCCCCACCCCCGUGUACGAGAUCCACCACCAGAGCAGCCAGGACUCCAACCCCUACGUCAGCCUGGAGAGCCCGCCCGCCUCCCCUCAGCACUCGGACAGCGGCCCCAACACGCUGACCCGCCGCAAGAAGCUCUUCACCUUCUCCCGCCCGCCUCGCAGCCGGGACACGGACAAGUUCCUGGACGCCCUGAGCGAGCAGCUGGGCCACCGGGUCACCCUGGUGGACGACUUCGUACCCGGGGAGAACGACUACGAGGAGAUAUAUCAAGGUGGUUGUCAUGGUUUCAGAAGAAGAGGUGUGCCUAUGAGCUUCCUGGAGGACCAGGACCUGGGCUUCAUACCUCGGCAGCUGAGCAGCGGCAGCAGCGAGGAUCACAGUAGCAGCGACGAGGCCUCCUCUCCCUCGUACUCCUCUGAGUCCGAACCCAUCCCACCUCCCCCCACCCAGAGCCCUCCGCCUCCCCCACCCUUCCAGUCUCUGAUACCCCCUCCCAUGCAGUUCACCGACCCCCUCCCGCCUGUACGCUUCUCCCCGGAGCACGUCCCCCGCAGUCGGAUGCCCUUCCAGCCGCACCACCCCAUCAUCCCUCCUCCCCCGCCUCCCCCGAGGACCCUCCUGUCCAGCCGCUCCCCUCUGCACAAAGUUCUCCCCUCCAGGGACGAAGCCGAGAAAAGUCACCAGCGCUUCCAAACCACCACCUCUUCCCGGCUCUCGCAGGGCCACACCAUCCUGAGCACCACCACCACCUUGCGGUCCUCUCGCCCCAGCUACCUCCCCCGCCAGCUGAGCCAACCGGCGCCCAUCCGCCAGCCCUCCCCCCAGCCGUCCCCUCAGGUGCUGAGGCCGAGCCAGCUCGUCCUCCAGAGGCACCACCAGCUCCACCACCAACACAGCUACCAGGGCCCGCUGCCGCCGUCCCUCCAGGACCACAACCCGUCUCAAAGCCAGAGCAAAGGCCAGCCCGGCUCCUCGCUGCUCUCCCAUCCUCCCUCUCACUCCAGCCUUCCCACUCACAUCAAGACCUAUGAAACCAAACGGCCGGAUCAUCCGUCACAACAGGCUCCACCACCUCCACCUCCACCCUUGCCUCCGCCCUGCGACCCGCCUCCGCUGCCCAAGCCAGGCCAACACGCCUCCGACGCCAACCACAUGAGCGUGAAGAGGCUGCGCUGGGAGCAGGUGGAGAACUCGGAGGGCACGAUCUGGGGUCAGCUCGGAGAGGAUUCAGAGUACGACAAGCUCACUGACAUGGUGAAGUACUUAGACCUUGAUCUGCACUUUGGAACACAGCGCCGAUCCAUCUCUCCUCCAGAGCCAGCCUUCCUGCCGGAGAACUUUAAAAAGAAAGACGUGGUGGAGAUUCUGUCUCACAAGAAAGCCUACAACGCCUGUGAGUACCGCCAAAACCCGACUGAGGGGUCACCCGAAUGGUCCG